UUCUCGUUGGCGCAACUUGACAGUUGAUGUUUUCGUUGUCAAAAGAUGGAUGCGAGUAAGAUAAUCGAUUCUUUUGUCUGCUUUUGCAUCAUAAGAUGUAACACCAGCCUCUGUGAACAUUAAAGGAGAACUUUACCUUGCAUGAAAAACCGCUAAGUGACAUUUAGUGCUUUGUUUUUCCCGAGUAAAGGAAGGUUAAGCCCGUCUUAGCCCACCUACGGACCUCCUUUUGUCUCCGUGUUGUUUUUAUCAACAUGGACAUGUACGGAUACAGCGGGGUCUUCUUGGUGAAAAGAUUCCUGGCUGAUGGCGUUUCUGAAGUCACAAACAUGUCUGAUAUCAACAAUGCGAAUCCCCACGGCUGCGACAACGGAGCUCUCACGGACAGAUUCGGCGUCUUGAUCCAGGGACUGCUGGCUAUCGUUGCCUUUAGUACUCUGAUGUUGAAAAGGUUCCGAGAGCCUGCAGGGAUCAGACGACCUUGGAGAAUAUGGUUUUAUGACACAUCAAAGCAGGCCAUCGGUGCUCUUUUCAUCCACUUUGCCAACGUCUUCCUGUCCACGCUCACUGAAGAAGACCCAUGCUCCCUGUAUCUGAUGAACUUCCUGCUGGAUGCCAUGCUGGGGAUGCUCGUCAUCUGGCUGGCUGUGAAGUUGGUAUCCAAACUGGUGGAGUACAAGCAGUGGACGCUGCUCAUGUUUGGAGAAUAUGGGGACCCUCCCCAGGCGGCAGCGUGGCUCGGACAGUGCGGCAUCUACCUGCUCAUCAUGGUGCUGGAGAAAGGUGUAAUCAGUCUCGUGCUGCUCGUCCCUGGCUGGUCCAAACUGCAGGAGGUGUUGCUGGGCUACAUCGCUGACCCUCAGCUGGAGCUGGUGCUGGUCAUGCUCAUCGUGCCUUUUAUAGUGAACUCCAUCAUGUUCUGGGUGGUGGACAGCCUGAUGAUGAGGAAGUACAAAACGAUGAAGAGCCUGGACGACUCGUGUGACGUGAAGAAUGCUGACGAGCUGUCCUGGGCCAACAGUGAGGAGUCACGGGUGUUGCUGAGUGUGGAGACGGACACAGACGAGGCUUCGGAGGGGGAGGAAGACACCGGCGAUGGCGGACCUUUUCUUCAUGUGCAGUAUUCUGGAGGACCACUGAGGCCCAGCUGGGUGGUGGUGUAAACCCAGGUGAUGCUAUCCACACACAACACACUCUUAAGAGCCUAAAUAUGAGCAAACCCAAAACAAACCUUGCUUCCUUAACUCCUCAAAGCUCUAAAUAUCAGCUUCCAUGUACGCAUAGGCACAAUUAAAGGUCUUAUAACUUGUGAAUGUGAAGCCUCAGCUGCCUUCCUCUGCAAUGAGCUUUACUCAGUAUAGGCAUGUACAUCCAAUAGCAUUUUUUGGAAGCUCUUCAUCCUCUCACCUUGCUGCCUCUGUUUGCUGCAAGGAACAUCUGACAAACCACAACUGAGCGUGUGUGGAGAGAGAUUAUUAAGGAGGGCAGCGCCAAGGGGCUGAAUGUGCGGGUGGUAAUGACAAAGACUGAAAUAAAUCUGUCUUCACUCCACACCGGGGACUUUUGGGAAUGAUGUUGCUCUAAAGAGAGUCAUCUAUCGUCGAUCAUAUUCCAAAGAGGAGCAAUUAAGCAACGUAUUCAUAUAUAAGCAUUCACUCUGUCAAAUAUAAUCACUUUAAAUCCACCUUUUUAAUUAAGGCAUGAUUAUAGCCAUUCCGGCGAGGUCUCCCUCUGGCUGUUUACUUUAGGUUUGAAAGGUGGUUAAUAGUUUUAUCAUGUGAUCAUAUGGGUGCUGCAAUCAUGACGGACCAAAUAUGUUGAAAGCAAGGAUUUUUAUGGAAAAACGUGAAGCUUUUUGCAACAGGUUGCUUUUAAAGAAAUUAAUAUAUCUGGAAAGAAAUGUAAUCCUCUUUAGAAGUUUCAAAGGGCCAGAUCACACUAUGUGCAAUUAUGUUCAUAUUCGUUGAGCACUUGUAGUUGUACUUAAUGUGUAUUCGGGCCACUGUUUUACUGGGGAAAAUCCUUGAUAUUUCUUUUAGAUUAAUGUUGGAGAAUUUUGACAAAAAGCAAAAAGUCCCAAUUUGACAAGGAAACAUUGCAAUUAUAAAGUCAUAACUGCAUGAGACAAAUUGUGGAGAAAAUCCUUCUGAAUGUCAUAUUCCAAUGUCAGUUCCCUGAAUGUGUGCUUGAGUCUCCCAAAGUGUUAGUUGGGCCUUCUGGGAAAUGCAGUUCUUUGCUGUCUUUCCAAUAUGUUGAGAAGAACAUUAUCACUCUCAUGUCUGUAAUCAAAAUAUGAAGCUGCAGCUGAUUAGCUUAGCUUAGCAUAACAACUGGAAACAGGCGGAAACAGCUAGCCUGUCUCUGUCCAAAGAUAACAAAAUGCAUCUACAGCUCUUAAAUUAGCACAACGUUUUAUGUAUCUGUACAGUUUCACAAAGGGUUACAUGGGGGACUAUCUCUGUCUUCUGAACUUGCUACCGUUGUACAGAAACAGUCUAGCUGUUUUCCACUGUUUCCAAUCUUUAUGCUAAUCUAACAAACGUCUGGCCGUCACGUCAUAUUUAACUGACAGAUAUGCCAUAAAGAUGGUAUCAGUCUUUGGCAAGAAUGACUGUAUGCAUAUUUCUUUAGAAAACAACUUUUUUUAAAUUUCCAUUUUUGUAUUAAAUCAAUCUUACUGUUUCUAAACAUUUCCAACUCCUUUCAAAGUAUUCAGACGUUAUUGUUGAAAUGUCAGAUUUCUUCUGCAUUAAGAAUUGCCCUACUGAUGCUCAGUGGGAUCAUACUGUAGCUGUGUAUCAAACUUUGCAAAUUAUUGCACAUUUAUUAUAUUUAUUCCGUUUAUAUCUUUUAUGUAUUUUACAGUAAAUUGUGGUUCAACAUGUGAUAACAACAUUGGAUGUUUUUUAGUGAUUAUCAGGAAUGGUAGAAUUUUGAAAGGGGGAAAACAAAUUCUCCUGAACACAUAUACUGUAUGUCCUAAUAGCCAAAGAUUUGAUAUACUUUGGCUGUAUCUUUUAUUUUGUAUUCCCUUGUACCUUGUGUAUGUUUUUUAAUAAACCAAAUGAUGAACAUCUGUAUGAAAAGGCACGCCCUGUCAUUAACAGAAAGUGCCGAAUGAAUCUCUUUAAUCUGCACUGUGAAUAAAGACGAUUGACACAUGA